UUGAAAUGACAGUCACUGAUUUCCUUUUCCAUUGUAUCUGUCUUUCUCUGAAACAUUUCAGUGUCUCUUUGCCUCCCGCCAUGCUCUCCAUUUCACCUCCUCCCCCUCUCUACCUGAGUUUCCUCCUCUUUCUUUCGUACCACUCCCCUGUUCUCUCCUGUCAGAUUGGGAACCGCAGCCAGUGUGAGUCUGCUCCCUUUGUGCCAGGCCACAACCUGGUGGGUGAGGGCUUUAAUGUGGUCACCCUGCGGCGAAAAGGAGCCUAUUUGGUUGACGUGGGAACCUACCUCACUCCAAACGGCACCUGUACUCUCUGCUCCAACCCUACUCAAGGCAACAGGCUGCAGAAACUGCCAGUCUCUGCAGUGGACUGGCGUGCAUUCAGCCGAUGCAAUACUGACCUCUACAGCAGUGCACACACCUCUGUCAGCUCACUGAUUGACAUUUACAUCUCCCAGGACAGUGAUGACUGGAAGUUUGGCCUGGAUUUAAAUACACUUGUGUCGUUCAACCUGGAUGUUGGGGGAACACAUUCGUUUGCAUAUAAAUUUGCUGUGAAAAAGAACAAACAGGAUCACUACUCCUUCAGCUUACAUGGGGUCACCUGUAGCCAUUACAGCUACCGUGUGUCAAGCACACCGCCCCUCAGCUCCGAGUUCAGUAAGGAUUUGUCGAGACUGCCAAGUUUCUACAAUUCCUCAACCAUGGCUAAGUACACUAGACUCAUACGUCUCUAUGGCACACACUACAUCCACCAGGUUCAUCUUGGGGGACGACUAAGGCGAGUCACAGCUGCACGUACCUGUUUGUCCUCACUGAACGGGCUCUCCUCAGAUGACGUGCACUCCUGCUUAUCACUUGGUCUUGGUGUAGGCCUUGGGAAACUGAAAUUAUCCAGUAACCAAAGGUGCUCCAGCAUCCUACAGAACACGGACUUCUCCAACUCGUUCCGCUCUGGUCUCCACCAACAUUACACAGAGGUGGUAGGAGGCAGUUUGUGGUCAGGAGAGUUUUCACUCACUCAUAACGACUCCCUGGGCUAUGAGAAUUGGCUGAAAACCCUAAAGGACCACCCAGAUAUUGUUUGGUACUCCCUCAGACCAAUGUACGAGCUGGUGCCAAAUGAGUCACAGAAGGCUGGGAUGAAGGCUGCUAUCGAACAGUACUUAAAAGACAAUGCUAUGUAUAAACCAUCUGCCUCAACCACUCACUGUCCUCAACGGGCCUCGAGAGGAACACUGGUGGUGACCAUCGUCCGAGCCUGGGAUCUGAAAGGAGAUAUAACUCCCUCCACCGAGGGGUAUGCUAAGAUGUGGUAUGGUUCCGACUACUACAGGACUCGUAUGAUUGAGUCAAACUACCCUAGGUGGAAUGCUCGUUAUAAUCUGGGCAAGGUGGAUACACGUUUAAAAUUGAAGGUUGAGGUCUGGGAUGAUGACUCAUCAUGGGGAAAUGAUGAUGACCUUCUGGUAUCAUGUGAGAGGUAUGUGAAAAAGGGGUUUCACAAAUUCACCUGUUCAUCAUCACUAGGCAGCUUCGAGGUCGAGUACACGCUGACCUGCGACCAUCACUUGACUGAAGACAAGUGUGAUCACUACACACCAUCUCGACAGUAAAAAAUGCAUUUUGGAGUCACGCUAUUCACAAAUGCCAAUGGCUUUACUUUAAUAGAAUGUAAUAUUUGAUUAGUUGAUCAUAUAACAGGUACUAAAGGACUGAGGGCUUAUACAUUUAUUUUCCUACCAUUGAAACACAAUAUUCUGUUUUCUCUUUUACAUCUGUUUAGGGUUCAGUCAAUCAUUUGACCAUAUAAAGUUAAGUGCUGUGUAAGCCAAAUGACUGUUACACUUUUCAGUUUUCUGUUUUCUAAACUGUUAAAAUUGUAAUAUAUCACUUAUUUUUUGAACAUAUAAAUUGACAUGUAUUCAUAUACAAUAUGUAAUUGAAAGAAAGAAGAAGCUAAAUCUUGUGUCUUUCUUUUUUGUCUAUGUAAACAACAGCUUAGAUGUUUUUUGUUGGUAGGGCUGUAAUGGUUAUGAUAUUGGUUUACAUUUGUAUCGCAGAUUGUGUUAUAAAGGUUGUUG